UGCGUUAGACAUUCACUGACUAUUAGUUGUGCCUGGCGUAUCGUGUGGAACGGUCUGAAAAUAGACGUCCAGAUCUAGAUUCAGUGUGUUAUAUUCAUAGUUCAAAAUUUAUGCGCUAUAAAAUAACUAAAUAAUAUAUUUGCUGGACUAUUUCGGAAAAUAUAUUUACAAUUUUAUAUCUAUACACAUAUAAUACAUAAUUACGUAGCGGUUUAGCUACCAUAGAUACAUACGAGUAUACCUGUAGGAAUACCUAAGUAACAUAUUGUACAAAAAUGUCGGACGCGGCAAAUGGUGAGUCAAAGUUCGGUUUCAAGGACAAGGAGAAGGCGGAGGAGACUCUGCAAUUGCUAGAAAGCCAUGAUAUGCAGUAUCGGAAACUGACAGUGCGUGGAUUACUGGGCCGCGCAAAACGAGUCCUUACGAUGACCAAGGCAGAGGAGAAGGUUAAGAAUAUCAAUGCAGCAAUUGGAGUCUUCGAGAAGUGGCUUGAGGAGAAUGGCGGCGGUGCGGCCAAUAAAAAUGCCAAAACCGACAAGGAGGACAAAGUCGAAACAGUACCUGGCUUAGGUUUUAAGGACAAGGCAGCAGCGGAAGCCACAUUGAGAAUACUUACGGAUCGUGAUCCCGAUUAUCAGAAAUUGGCAAUUAAAGGCUUAAUUGGCAGUUCAAAGCGUGUGCUUUCCGGCACCAAAAAGGAAGAUAAAAUCCAAUCCAUUAAAGAAGGUGUCAAGAUACUAGAAGAUUUCUUGGAAAAGUUUGAAACAGAGAAUUUGAUCAAAAAUAAUCGCGCCUACCUCGCAUAUUCGGUUAUUGAACAGUUACCCGAAGCGAAAGAUGCGCUUGCAGCAGAAUUCGUCAAAGCCUACGGCGGUUCCAAAGCCAAGGGCAAUUACAAGCAUUUACGCACCAUGUAUCCCGAAGAUGAUGAUUCGACAUCAUGGGAUAUCAUACGCAAUCGGAAUAUUGCGAAGUUAUUGGAGAAACUUAAGGCUGAGGAGUCGAAAUUAUUUGAUGCUGAAAGUGGUGAGCCAACAGAAAUUCAUCUCGAACUGAUACAUUGGGCCUACAGUCCACAACCAGACAAAGUGAAAGCGUAUGUGGAGAAGAAUUCCAAGAGAAAGGCUGAGAAACGUAAAAUUGAACGAAAUGAUAGCUCGAGCUCUGAUGAAGAUGAUAGUGAAGGCAUGGAUGAUGAUGAGGAUGAUGAAGAUAAUGGCGAGACACCAGAAAAGAAGAAGAAGAAGGAAUAAAUUACAUAUAUUUUUGUUGUUUAUAAAACCAAUGUUGAAAGCAAAACGUAUGGACAUGGCAUACAUAUAAGCACAUAUGUAUGUAUUUACACAUAGAUGAUCAUGUCAAUAUUUGCUAAGUAAAUAGGUGCUAUAUGAGUACUCGAACAAUAGAUAAUAAUUACAAAUAUGAAAAGUUUCUGUACUUACUCUUUUGAAGUGCUGCUAUACAUGCAUAUACUAUGUGUCUAUAUGUAAAUUACAUAUCUCAUAUUUACAUACAUAUCUACAUACGUUACGCACGUUUUGGAAUGAAAAAUUUGGCAAAAAUAAAGUUUAACUAUUCGUAUUCGGGUAUAAUCCCGCAAA